UAUUAUUAAAUUUAUAUUUCUGUACAUUUCUUCAAUUUCAUAAACAUCUUACAGUUCAACUUGCGAAAUAAAUUUUCAGUUGUCUAUGCAAAAAACUGCAUUUCGCGUGUAAUUACUUGCGCAUGCGUUCUAACCUAGAUGCGAGAUUUGUACAUGCAUGAAAGCAACUGCGUGUAUCUCACAACCUCGAGCUCACCCUCGCACAUGUCAUUAUUCGUUGAUAUUUUGUACAUGAUAUCGUGCGUAUAGCAAAAAUAACACAGUGAGGUUAUGAGCAAUGUCAGCGAGACAACGGACGAGACGGAUGAUGUGCCUCCGAAACCGAAACAAGCUAGAAACGCAUCUUUCCAAUCUGCUUUCAGCAACUUGAAGAAAUCCGAGUUUUUUAACGAACAAUUAUUAACUGCCAAGCCUGAAACUUCCGCAGCAGUAACAUCGAAUAGGACAUCCAACACCGUUCUUGUUAGCCCAAAACAGAAAGGAAACCCAUUGUUAAAAUUUGUAAAUGUGCCAUGGGAGUAUUCCGAUAUCGUGCCAGACUAUGUAAUGGGACAAACUAUGUGCGCUCUUUUCUUAUCGAUACGUUACCAUCAAUUAAAUCCUGAUUACAUUCACGACAGGCUCAAGUCGCUAGGUAACGUUUACAAUCUGCGAGUGCUUCUAGUACAGGUCGAUGUCGCUGAUCCUCAUCAUGCUUUGAAACAUUUAACGAGAAUUUCCAUUCUGGCAGAUGUGACGAUAAUGUUGGCAUGGAAUGCGGAAGAUGCGGGCAAGAUCAUUGAAACCUACAAAAGAUACGAGAACAAACCACCUGAUGAUAUCAUGGAACGCAGCGAUACGGCACCUCAUCAAAAGUUGGUCAGUGCUCUAACAACAGUGAGAUCUGUCAACAAGACUGACGCAACGACUCUUUUAACAACUUUUGGCACAUUGGCUAACAUUGUAAACGCACAACCCAAUACUCUGGCUUUGUGUCCUGGAUUCGGUCUGAACAAAGCUGACAAGCUCCACAAAGUUUUGCAUGAACCAUUUUUACGUACAUCAAAUAUACCAAAGUAAAUGUAAAUUCUCUUGUUUGUGAUUGUUACGCAUCGAUUAGCAAAUUAAUCCAUGACUGAGAAAAAUAUUCAAGAUUUAGCAUGUAAUAAAUAAUUUUGUCAUACUUUACAACUUGUUACAACGUAUUACAUAUAUAAUAAUUUCAAUCACAUCAAUGUCUCACAUUUAUGUAUUUAUUAUGCAUUAGAUGAUUUGUAAACUGUAAAAUCCUUCUCGAUUAUAAAGUUUCAAGAUUUG